AUGACGGCCAUGCUCAUCGGCGAACUGGAGCUGACUAUGGCUCAGCCGCCGCCUCCACCACCGGGAUGCAACGAGAGGGCUCUGACCCCAUGCGGGCCGGCGAUCCUGUUUGGGACGGCGCCGUCGACUGAAUGUUGCCGUAUCCUGAGGCAGCAGACCCCCAAGUGCCUUUGCGAGUACCUUCGCAAGUAUCCAGGGUAUGCUGCUAAUGCUAGAAAAGCUUUUAGGGCUUGUGGUGUGCCUGAACCUCGCUGUUAA